CCGCCGGACCACAGAGAUAUGCCCGAUCUAAUAAACAGCGUGGAGUAAAUUCCUAACACCAUGUAACCUUACAUGAGGUUGAUAUUGCACCUGAACGAAUGAAACAACCUGGAUAUUCAUCACCCCGCAUAUCCCGCUGCCGGGUUUAUAACCAACAUCUACCUAGGUAAGACAGCUUUUGUCUCGUUAGAGCGAUGGCGCGAUUUGACUUCUAGUGCACGUCGUUUUAGCCUCCGGGCUAGCGUCUGUGACCUCAGACAAAAAUCGUGGCUUCAAGUGUGGAAAAGGAACGGGAAACUUCUUCCCUGUUCUCUUUGUGAGUGCCGUAUAACUUGCUGGCGUUGCGAGUUCCAAUCACACAAGACGUCGUUGAGCAGCCAAGUCGACUAACACGAUGUCUGCCGGCAGUAGUGCGCCAAGCUUCAAGGAGUCUGGAGCCAAGACAACUAGCGCUCAGCCAGUUGAGGACGAUGCUCUCCAUAAACGCACCUACGACCAUGCCUCGCCGCAACAAGAGAAUGGCUCGACGAAUGGUGGUGUCCAGCAGAAGGUCGAGAGCUUCGUCGAGGUAGACGCUGACUUGGAAGCUGAGGAUGACCCUGAGAUCAGCCAGAUCCCUGCCGAGGUUAGGCGAGUCGUUAGUCUUCACGACGACACGACGUUGCCUACAAUCACCUUUAGAUAUUUCAUAUUGGCCGUAAUCUUCGUUGUCCCGGGUGCAUUUCUCUCUCAGAUAAACACGUUUCGGACAACAUAUGCGCCGUACUCGGUGUUCUUCGUCCAGAUCGCCUCAAACUACGUGGGCUUGUGGCUCGCCCGCGUAUUGCCCAAUCGCCAGAUCCGCAUCCCUCUCACAAGAUCGUCGUUCAACUUGAACCCCGGCCCAUGGUCUGUCAAAGAACAUGUCCUGGUAACAGUCACCGCGGCCUCUGGCGCGACCAGCAAUCUCGCGACGACGCCCAUCGCCGUCGGCGAAUUGUAUUUCAACGAGCUCCUGCACCCCGCCGCGGCGAUAUUCUUCAUGUGGUCGAUCGACGCGACAGGGUACGCCUUCGCCGCCAUCGCGCGCCAGCUGCUGCUCUACGAGCCCUCGUACCAGUGGUGGCAGGCUCUGUGCCAGACCGCGCUCUUCGAGACGCAGGCUAAGCAGAACAAGAACCCGUCGCCUGCGGCCCGGAAGCAGUUCAAAGUAUUCUGGUUCGUGUUACUCGGGAUCACGCUCUGGCAAUUCCUGCCCGAGUUCGUAUUCCCAUUCCUCAGCUCCCUCGCUUUCUUAUGCUGGGUCGCGCCGCACAAUCCCGUUGCGAAUUUCAUUGGCUCGGGCCUUGGCGGUAUGGGAUUUCUCAAUCUCAGCUUCGACUGGGCUAAUAUAUCGAAUUACAAUGCCGGCGUGCCUCUGUUUCUGAGUCCAUGGUGGUCGCAAGUCGUCUUAUUCGCCUCUUUCGUCUUAAGUGCUUGGGUUCUACUUCCAGCGGCGAAAUGGGGAGGCCUAGGAGGUUAUAGCCAUUGUUUGAUGACGAACCGAGCUUGCACCGCUGAUGGCGAGAUAUACCCCGUCGCCAGUCUUGUCACGUCCUCGAAUACUUUCAACCAGACCGCCUACGAAGAGCUGGGGCCUAUGUAUCUUGGAGUGCACAACCUCUGGACCAUAUUCUUUGACUACGCCUCGUACAUCUCGGCCUAUGCCUGGAUCGCGUUCUUCGGAGCUUCGAAUAUCAGAAAAGCCUAUAGAAAGUUUCGGGCGCGGAGGAAUAGUCCUGGCCAGGGGAUCAAUCAUCAGUAUACGGAUCGGUUGAACGUGCUUAUGCGAUCUUAUAAAGAGGUGCCAUUUUGGUGGUACUUGGUUCUCUUCUCGAUGUCGUUUGUGUCUAUCAUCACCAUCGUUGCGAAAGACUUAAUCUUCAUACCUUGGUGGACUUAUUUCGUGGCCUUGGCGACCGGCGCUGUAGUGGUCAUACCCUUAGGAUGGCUUUACGCCGUCAGUAAUUUCCAACUACCAAUUGGCACUUUUAACGAGUUGUUAUAUGGGACUAUGGUCCAGAACCUUAGUCAUCACAGGAAUCCCAUAGGUGCAAGUGUAUAUGGCUCGAUAGCUGGGGAUGCCUGGUACAGAGCACAGUAUAUGCUUCAAGACCAAAAGAUAGGACAUUAUAUGCACGUCCCCCAGCGCGCGAUCUUCUUUUCCCAGGUCCUUGGCAUCACCCUCGGCGUCCCGAUUAAUUAUGCUGCUAUGCGAUGGGUGCUGAACACCAAGCGUGACUAUCUGACUGGAGAGCUUGAGGACCCAGCGCAUAUCUGGACUGGCCAGUACUUAGCAGGUUAUCUGACACUUGGCGUACAAUACGUCCUAAUAGGUCCCGCGAAACUCUUCCAGCAGCAGCAAUGGAAGCCGAUCCCCUACGCGUUCCUCUUCGGCGCGGGUGCGCCAGCUCUCAUCUACUUACUCCACCGUCGCUUUCCUCGCGCCAAAUUCCAUCUAUGGAACACCACGAUCUUCUGCAGUGGUGCCGCGAUCUUCUACGGGAACAUCUCUACGGGCUACCUCUCUCGCUUCAUCGGCGGCUUUGUCGUCAUGUUUUGGGCGUAUCGAUAUCGCUAUCAACUCUGGGCGAAAUAUAAUUUCAUCCUUGCUGCGGCGUUUGAUGCCGCGUUCAACUUGAACUUGCUGCUUAUUUUCUUGUUCUUUGGAAGUGGCAAGGUCAUAACUAUGCCGAAUUGGUGGGGGAAUGACCCGGUUAGUGUUGAGAAGUGCUAUGCUUUAGAUUGAUUUCUUGCGUAUCUAAGCGCGAUCUGCCAAUGUAUGCGAUGAUAUUAGAUGAUAUUAGAUGAUAUAAAUAAGUAGAAGCUGUUGAGAGUUGAAAUCAUCUCUUAGAGGGAUUUGGUUCGUUACUGCCGGAAGUUAAUACCAAUAUCUAUAAAGUCAAGACGGUCGUUAUAAGGGACUCAUAGUUUUCAAAGUGAACAAUUUACUUAUGACAAUUCGUGGUUCUUUGUAUAUAUACUAUUACAUGAAGCUAAGUACUAGCAAUGCUCUAUCUCGGUCGAUACUCGCCUUCUAAUAAUCCAAGUUUAUGAAAUCAUCGGACUC